CUCUCGGUGGCAGUGGUGGCAGCAGUGGCAGUGGUGGCAGCAGCGGCGGUGGGCGACGCGGAUUGGCGUCUCGAGCUCCGAACAACCCUCACAGUCAGCCUGCAGCACCACCACCACCAACAACAGGCACGGACAGAGAAUGCGUAUAGGUACCACCGCAGGGGUCCAAUUCGCAACACCCAUUUCAAAGGUUUGGCAAAAUGGUGGCCCCGCGGCAAUGCCUCUGCAAUGAUUGCCGGCGCCUCGCCCUCCGUCUCACCAGCCUUCGGGACACACAACCGCAAAGAGCUCAUGGCCAACGCGCGCAGAUUCCACAACAAGUUAGCCUCUCACUGGGGCCACACCCACAGGCUCCAACACGCUGAUACUUCAGCGGCGGCAGCAGCAGCAGCAACAGAAGCAGCAACGCAGGGAGGGGUCGGCCAGAGGUGCAUGGCGGGGCUACACUGCCAAGGUGCAACGAGCUGGAUAGAUGCCCUGCAGCGCAUUCCCCCUUGGCCUGAUGCUGCCACCGCUGCCGCCGCCACCACCACCACUUCCACCACCGUCGCACUGCCCACAGCCACCGAUGCUGUUGGUGUGAGGAAGGAUGGCUCGCACCACCGAUCAGAAGUAUUUUUCUCCCAUCGCCAUGUCCAGAUGGCGGGGUUCCUGGGGGACUUUGGCCUAGAGAAUGGGUCCCGGCUGUCGGUGCCGGAGCAGGUCGGGUUGAUGGCUGCCAGCGCUUACCAACCAGAGAACGGAGACUUUGGUCUAAUGCCACCUCCGCCAUCGCUGCUUCAGCAACAUCACCAACACCAGCCACAGCCACAGACUCCACUUGGGAAAAAGGCUCGCACUCCUAAGAAGUCUACAUCUCCCACAGCCACACCCAAGCAAGUGGUCACCCUUCUUUUUUAAAUCCUUUAUAUUAAGUUCACUUGCUUGCUUGCGCGCUUACGACCGUGCAAAUCUUUCUGUCGUUUUUUAACCCACUUCCCGUGAUCCAAUCGAGCUGACAUUUUCCACACAGACUCGUUGUGCGUGACAAUUUUCGUGAAAAUUUUUCUCUAAAUUGUACACUUUUUAGGAAAAAAAAAAUGAUAUUUAAUUACCAAUUGCUUAAUGGUGGCAGGCAAUCAUCUGACCCAUAGGUGGCAGCCAUCUCAAACCAGAGGAUGAGAGGACUCCAGCCGCCACGCAUAUAAAGGAUUUAUAGUGAAAAACUUUUUUUUUACGGGUUAAUUUAUUUGUGUAUAUGCCCUUGAUGGGUUUACUGUAUUUGGCUCGAAAAAAAUGUGACUUACAAAGAGAUACUGGACCUCCAUGGCGAUUCUUUGUGACAGCUUAGAAUUGAUUUCGUUUUCAAUUAAAAGUGUGCUUUACAUUGCGAGGUAUUUGGCAAGAAGCUCUUCAAAAUAAUGAGUGAUUCGUGUAAUUGAUCAGCUGGCUAUGUAGCCAUGACUUUUGUCAAAGUUCUGUUCAAAUUACGGGUGCGAAAGGGUAAUUUGGGAAACCUAAAUUCAGAUUAACCCAAAUAUAAUUGAAUAAGGGCAGUGCAAAUAUAUUAAUUAAGAUGCUGAUUGUAUUCUACCUUGAAUCUUUAAGUAGAAAAUACAUAAGGCAUUAAUUUCCAGGAAGUAAAUAGAAGCCAUGGUCUUGCCAAUGCAAUAUGCCACAAGGUAUGAGCUGGGUUUGUUAUUUGUUAACCAGAAAGCGAGGCCGUCCUGCUGGUACCACCAAAGCUGCGGGCUUUAGGACAAGCACAGGACGCCCACCUGGCACCACCAAGGCAGCAGGCUACAGAACCAGCACUGGACGCCCACCUGGCACCACCAAGG